AUCUUAAUAGUUUAUAGCUGAUAAGUGAUAGCUGAAAAAUGCCGCUGGCUAAUUGGCCAAUCAAAAACUGCCAACUGCAAGUCCAACAAGUUCCAGCAAUUAAAAGAAUCUAAGGAAACUCAUCGCAAAGGAGACGAGGACACGGGCCAAGACAAACGGAACUAAUGCCAGCCUGAAAGGAAUCUCAGAAAUUAAGAAGAAAACGCUUCAUGAAAUUGCUCUCGACCCGAGUGCAACUUCCGGUGCAUAAAUGAAAAUAAAUACGAGCACAGACGACGAGUCAACAUACAGCUCAGGAAAAAGGCACUGUCAUCAGCAGCAGGACCUCCAGAAUGGGAAUUUUAAUGGCGAUGGGAAUGGGAAUGCGAAUGGGAAUGGGAUUGGGAUCGGGCGUGGCAAUGGGAGCCAGGGGCCAGUUGGAGCGACAAAAGUUAGACAAACGGAUGUGUAGAUUAGACCGGCAACAACGGCAGAAGACUUGGCCGUCAGACGACUAAACAAUAGUUGCAGCCAGCGAACAAACAGCAAACAAAACCGAACAAUAUGUGCACAAUGCCAGCAACAACAGAUGCAUCCGGCUCCGGCGAUGCAUCAACAUCAGCUGACCUCAUCGGAGAAAGGAGCCGGACCCACAGCCACUCCUGCCACCAAGGACAUCGCCCAAACUUGCGCAUAUUUAAACUUUUGAUUAGCUGCUGCCUCGUAAUGCUCAGCAUUUAUCCAAAUGCCUGGCCCUUGUCCAUCAUCCCCGGUUCGGGAUUGGGAUCGGGAUUGCGACUGGGAUCGGGAUCCUUCUGGGUCAUGGCCGACAGCAUCAAGGGACGCGGCGAUGCCCAUCGCCUGGACACGAUGGGCUCCCAGUCCCACACCUCCUCGUCCUCCUCCCUGCCGUCCUCGUGGCUCACCCAGAGCAAUAACCAUGCAAAUAUAUCCGAGUUGCUGGAUAAUCUGCUGCGCGGCUAUGACAAUAGCAUACGUCCGGAUUUCGGUGGACCUCCAGCCACAGUGGAAGUGGAUAUAAUGGUUCGCAGCAUGGGACCAAUAUCAGAGGUCGAUAUGACCUACUCGAUGGACUGUUAUUUUCGCCAAUCCUGGGUGGAUAAACGUCUCGCGUUCGAGGGGGCCCAGGAUACGCUGGCACUGAGCGUCUCGAUGCUGGCCCGGAUUUGGAAGCCGGAUACGUACUUUUACAACGGCAAGCAGAGCUAUUUACACACGAUUACCACGCCAAAUAAGUUUGUGAGGAUCUAUCAGAACGGACGCGUGCUGUACUCCAGUCGGCUGACAAUUAAAGCCGGCUGCCCGAUGAAUCUCGCCGAUUUCCCCAUGGACAUCCAAAAGUGUCCCCUGAAAUUCGGUUCAUUUGGAUACACCACGGCCGACGUCAUCUACCGAUGGAAUAAAGAGCGACCCCCAGUCGCCAUAGCCGAGGACAUGAAGCUGUCGCAAUUCGAUUUGGUCGAUUGUCCGGCUGGCAAUCUGACGGACAUUGUGUACAAGGCGGCGGCUCCAAGGCCGCAACGUCGCCCAUUCAACAACAAGGACCCACCGCGACCCACCAGCAAGGUCCUGACCACCUUCGCCGGUCCGGCUGCAAAGAAUCAGCAUGUCCGUGGCACAGGACUCAAGCUGGACAAGGGGGCCUUCGGAACAGGUCGGGAUACUGCCGGCGGAGCAGGCUCCUCCACUGGUCUAAGUGGCACCAUCACCCUGGAGACCAAUCACCCAUCGGAGUACUCGAUGCUGAUGGUGAACUUUCACUUGCAGCGGCACAUGGGCAACUUCCUGAUCCAGGUGUACGGCCCCUGCUGCCUGCUGGUGGUCCUCAGCUGGGUGUCCUUCUGGCUGAAUCGCGAGGCCACCGCGGAUCGGGUUUCCCUCGGGAUCACCACUGUGCUGACGAUGACUUUCCUCGGACUGGAGGCGCGCACGGAUCUGCCCAAGGUGUCCUAUCCCACUGCCCUCGACUUCUUCGUGUUCCUCUCCUUCGGCUUCAUCUUCGCCACAAUCCUGCAGUUUGCCGUGGUGCACUAUUACACCAAGUACGGAUCGGGGGAGUGCUACUUUAUCAUCGAGGAGCUGGACUCGGAAUCCGGCGAGUCGGAAACGGAGCAGCUGACCUCGGACUUCCGGGACAGCACCGAGUCCAAGAUCUACGAGGUCAUUCCGCUGUCCAUGUGCGCGAUUAGCAUGCCGCCGCCACCUAGCAGCCGGCUGGGCAUGCUCACCUCCAGGAAUCGGGGCCCUCGGAAUAGACGACAUGGCCUGUGGAGCAUGAAGCUCCUGGGCCUCUUCGACUGGAGCCGCAGAAGAAAGCCACCCCGGGCCGAUUCCGAUGAGGAGGAGGACGACGAGCAGACCCAGCUGAGGGCCAACGAAGCUCCAACCACAUCAGCUGCUGCUGCUGCUGCUGCUGCUGCAGCGGCACAGGCCGCUCGGAUUAGUCCUCCGACUGGAGGUCGCCGCCGGAUGUCCUACUACCGACGCGAGGAGAUGGAGGCCCGCAGGAAGGGCAAACGCACGCCACAGUACAACUCAGUAUCGAAGAUCGAUCGGGCCUCGCGGAUCGUCUUCCCGCUGCUCUUCAUCCUGAUCAAUGUGUUCUACUGGUACGGCUAUUUGUCGAGGAGCUCCCGGAUUUUGGCCAACACGCCGGACGCGAGCACCUGAUGUUACCUUUUAGCAAUUUAGACAGGGUCCUCGAAGAAAUCAGUAAGCGAUCGCCGGCAGCGAACAGACAACUAAAGUUGGGGUGUAAAUGUUGCAUCAGCAGCCUUGCAGCAUAUGAAGUGAAUUGCUGCCGAUGCAACGCUUACAACCAGCCGAAGAUUACGCGUGGGGGGGGAAAAUCGGUUGGGGGAUUGGGAAAAGCAGGGAAUGGGUUUAACUUUUCAGAUUCAGUUACGCUCUUAUUCUGAUUUGCUACCAAACGUGUCAACGCUUUAUGAGAUUUCUUUUCGCUCUAAAUUGCUAAAGUACAGAAAACAGAACUCAACUCUAACAUAUCAGAGGACUUGCUAUAACGGACACCCUUCAAAAUAUCGAGCUUUAACGGUGAAAAUAUUGUGAGGAACAUUUCGAAAACAUGUUUUUGAUUUUCAAAAGCUGUCUUCAUAAAAAAUCAAUUGUACUUUUUUCAAUGAAAAUAAGAUUUUCUGUGAUACUUGCUUUCGUUAUUUUGACAACUAUUUGCCGAAUACCUGGGGUGUCCUGUAAAUUUUUUGUACAGCUAACCAAUAAGUUAAUUAGUUACAAAUUGUGUGUAUUUUAAAUGGUUAAUGUUAAUUUAAAAGUCACAGCACAAGGAAUUUGCACUUAGUUCAGAGAUUUGUUUAGUUCACUGCAAAUUAUAACUUAAACAUGGGAUCACCAAGAAAUAGGGAAAAAUGUUAGGAAAUUGCCGUCUCUGCUUUUCUGUCCUGGCAAGUAAUAAUAAGAAAGUAUUUUAAUAAGUCACGCAGCCUAUAUUGUUAAU